AUGGGCUCGCGGCGGUGUCUCGCGAGUCCCAAAUCCAAAUCAUUACCUAGCACUAAUACCUUUCAAGACACCAUCUCUGUAUCCAAGGGCUACGACACGGGUAACCAGCCCCAAACUAACGCCCAUACCUCUGUAUCCAAGGGCUACGACACGGGUAACCAGCCCCAAACUAACGCCCAUACCUCUGUAUCCAAGGGCUACGACACGGGUAACCAGCCCCAAACUAACGCCCAUACCUCUGUAUCCAAGGGCUACGACACGGGUAACCAGCCCCAAACUAACGCCCAUACCUCUGUAUCCAAGGGCUACGACACGGGUAACCAGCCCCAAACUAACGCCCAUACCUCUGUAUCCAAGGGCUACGACACGGGUAACCAGCCCCAAACUAACGCCCAUAUCUCUGUAUCCAAGGGCUACGACACGGGUAACCAGCCCCAAGCUAACGCCCAUAUCUCCGUAUCCAAGGGCCACAACACGGGUAACCAGCCCCAAGCCAGCGCCCAUAACUCUGUAUCCAAGGGUCACAACACGGGUAACCAGCCCCAAGCUAGCACCCAUAUUCCAAAAUCGAACUCCUCUUCCUGCAACAAACGCAUUUAUGAAAUCAACAUAGAUACAACCAAAAGUACUUACCUUAGUAGUCUUAUAUUAAUAAGUAAUGUUACUUACAGUUCAGCUCGAGGGCAAUCUCACGGAGAUUUCAUCCAACCAAUCACCUUCAGUUCGGGCCUCUACUAUGACUACCUGGGAACUCUUAAGAUUAAAAACAAUGAACUGAAAAUUAUAAUUCCAGUGGAUAUCUCGCAUUUCCAACCUCAUAUACAGAAUAUUAAAAUAGCUUUAGAAAACACCAGACUAUUAUGCAAAGCAACACGGGCUGAACAAAUUAUUGCCGAAUGUAACAGUUGGUUACAACCACUGAUAGUGCGAUUUAAGGACAUGAAUAGAGAAUAUGAUUCUAUCUCGCAUCUAAUAGAUAAUAGAGCUAAGCGUAGUGCAUGGAUAGGAGGUAUAGGUACAGUAUUUAAAUAUAUUUUUGGCACAUUAGAUGAAAAUGACGGCAUUCAAUAUGAAGAAGCAAUAGCCACUUUACAGAAUGAUGAAAAACGCCUAACUAAACUCAUGAAAGAAAAUAUUUUGGUCACCACUUCUGUACUAGAACAAUAUAAUAAAACAAUAGCUACAAUUAAAGAAAAUGAAAUAAAAUUAUACGAAGCUAUUGACAAGCUCUCCCUUUUUAUAAAAAAUAUAUCCGACGCUACCAACGAACUACAAAUACUUACCGAUAUUAACAGAAUAUUUGAUUCACUUGAAACAUCAAUACUAACAUUGUCCUUCCAAUUAGAAGAUAUAACUAAUAGCAUUUUAUUUAGUAGCCAGGAUAUUCUACAUCCUGCUAUCAUAACACCCAUUCAAUUACAUCGAGAGCUUGCCAAUAACUAUAGACAUUUGCCUAGUGACCUUGAGCUGCCUGUAACACUAGAUAUUAAUUCUAUACACUUAAUUUUAAGUAUAUCAAAAUUAGUAUGUUAUUAUGUUAGUAAUAAGAUAGUAUUUGUUUUACAAGUACCACUUGUGAACACUAAAGAAUAUGUGUUAUUCCAUAACAUAGCAUUACCUGUACCAUAUGACCCUCGUGAACCGAAUAGUUUUAGCCUAAUUUCUCCGGCCAAUAAAUACAUAGCAAUGACCAAAGACAAGGCUUACUACUGCAUCCUCGAUGAUUUAAAACCCUGCAAGCUAGUGAAUCCCGGAUCCUAUAUAUGUGAUAUUGGAAGUAUAUAUUCAACCGACGUAAAGCCUAUAUGUGAAAGUGAAUUGUUAACAAAAAUAAAUAGUGUAAAACCAUUACAGUGUGAAACUAAAGUGAUCAUCGGAACACUAGACAUUUGGAAACCCCUUACAAACAAUAAAUGGAUAUUUGUUCAGACGGAACCCAUUAGAAUAACAAUAGACUGUCUUAACGCUCAAUUGUAUGAGACCACAAUUCUAGGAACGGGAAUACUCACAUUACCUAAGAACUGUGUUGGGUAUUGUAAAAGUACUACACUAACACCUAAAUAUAAUAUUUUUAAUAUAACUUCACCUAUAAACAAUUUCCCGGAUUUCAACCUAAUUAACGAUUCAUGUUGUAAUUAUAUAAAAUUAAAUAGACUAGCAUUUGAUACACCCCCUGUACACUUAAGUAAUGUAGACUUAGAUGAUUUCGGCCAACGUGGCAAUAACAUGGUCAAGUCCCUUCUAAGCGACCUAGAAGCUUUGGAAAAUCAGCAAAGCCCACAUAUUAUAAAAUAUGGGACACACUAUUCUAUCGUUACUAUAAUAUUAGCAAUUAUGUUCAUAGUAUUUUUAAGUUUUAUUAUUAUCAAAAAUUUCUGUAAAUCUGGCAGCAACCGCCCUGUUAAAUUCAAUCUCAAUUUAAAGAAAGUAAAAUCUCAAACGACCCCCGAAACCGUAGAACUUACCGACAGACAUGACCCUGGACCUGAGACAAUCAACCCUGUUGCCCCUCUUAGAACUAGAAUUUAAACGGAUACUUUGAAACUACCCCAAAGUCUCCUCUUAAAGGGGGAGGUGUUACAUCCCGCUAAUGUUAGUGAUAGUGCUGACAGAGCAAACCCUUCAGGCUUGCUCAUCACCCCCUCACAACGCCUCAGUCCUGAGCGUUGCUCUCAUAGCCAGUCCACAUUAGAACCUCUUGCAGAGCGGUUGCCUCCAUAACGUUAUAAAUCUAUCCAAUAAGUAAAAUAAGUUCAUGUACUUUUAUCCAGUGAAUAAAAUUAAGUUUCUUUAAAUAAUCUUUUUUUUUAAAAAGGCAUUCAACGC